CGCAACACCUGUGUCGAAAUAUGGCGAUAUGCAGCCGAAAUUGUCAGGGGAUGAGGAUUGGUAGUUUUGCAAUGAUCCGAAGCUGGUGCGUCCUGCCCCAGAGUAUCCAGUUAAAGACAACGUGGUAUAUGACUACUCGCCUCCCGAUGUUCGAACAGAAGCACGUUUCACCCGCGUUGAAGUAGUUGCCCAUACUCCGCGUACUAGCAGAAUUUUACCCGGAUGAAUCCAAGUUUUGUUCCAGAAAAGGUCUUCCGGUUUAUAAAGCAGGCCUCCUGGGAUUGGGGUAUUCAAUAGUGAUCGCCCAUCACCAAUGCCCUCUCUUUCUCGGAUCAAGCGCCACUGUACAAUCCAGAAUCUUUUGGACGGGAAGCUGGCAUGCUGUGUUUUCCUUCAAGUUUCCAUCUUCGCUGUCGCUUUGUGGUUUGCGAUCCAUGUUCAUUUUAAAGGCUACGUCAAUCUGCCCAGUAGUGCUGCCAGAGCUGCGAUUGAUAACCCACGCAUAACGAGCUACGUGGUAACGCUUGUUGCGACAGUUAUUGCUUUCCUUAAUACAUUUCUCCUGGGUCUUGUACUUCAAGCAGCUCUGACAGCACGACUGAGUCAUCCCUUGUCGUUGCAAACUUUGCGAGGAAGUAUUUCAUUAAUAACAGCACAACCACUCGUCGGUGUACGUGGACUCAAGAUCGCCUGGGCCUGGGUAAAAUCUUUGGCAUGUAUGCGCGAUGGAAGAAGGGAUAUCGCACCCGGCGACGUGCAGUACUGGACGUGGCUGAAAUAUACAUUGAUGUAUAGCAUUUUAUGCGGACAGCUCACAUCGAGUUGGACUAGUUUUUUGGCCCCGACACCUGUGGAUCUCCAGUUUCAUUUUACGGGCACAGCGGUGGAUUACUCCGUAGCCGCCGCCCAACUUCAAGCUACGUGGAAGGGAUACGUUGCUCCGUAUCCUAGUGAGAGUUCCCCACUUGCCACCUACAUGAACGUAACAAGAGGCAUGCAAGGUUUCGGUCUUACUGAUGUGACUCUGUAUACUCAAGCCGGAAAUGCGGCAGCCUCGACUGAACUAGGUUCACCGUACUACAUCCCCUAUCAGGGUGUAUUGUAUAAUGGUUCAACAGGGGGGAUACUCAUAAAUGCCUCAACUAUGACGCAAAAUGCCAGUUCAAGCAUCCCGUUACAAUAUACUACAGGAUGGACCCGAAGCUAUACGACAGCCCAGCAGGGCCUCAGCGCGGACGUCCAAUGUCGACAACAGGCAUUCCUCAACGCAGCCGACACCUAUCCAAAUGUGGGUGUAUAUGAGAAUACAUCACCAGGAAGUUCGAUCACUGCGCCAAAUCAGGUCUUCACCGCAGACUAUUAUAUACAGAGUUUUGUCACGAUAACGAAUUGUUCAAGUGAUUCGGUCGCAUACACCAGCGAUAUCCUGGCAUUGGUUGAUAUAUACACCAAUACCCGUCUGGGAGAUGGUGUUUUAAUAGGCUCGGUCUGCAAAUACCAGGACUUCGAGAAGGCAACAAACCAGUCUUUCCUUGUUCUUUUACAAGGCUUUGCUCCUUCGUACUCCUUCAUCACACCCACUAUCUGUCAAGUUUCCCCUCUUAUUACAUCUGUCAAUGUCGGAUUUGACGGGACUACCGUGAACAUGAACGGUACCACAGAUUAUGAGCCAUUGGAUCCUGGAGGCCAACAAGCACCCUAUAUAGACCAGAUCUCAGAUCUCAUCUGGAUGAUGAUGUUUGAUACGCAGAGUCUUUCCGGAAAUUCCAUGGCGACUGGUAUUCAAAUGAUCGGUGCCAACUCUCAUACAUGGAACAGUGAUUCAUUGAACUCCCUGUUGGAAAACUACCUGAGAGGGGGUGUCGAAUUCCUUGGAACGGUGUGGCAAAGAGAACUCCAGUCGUUGAGUAAUACCUCCAUGACCCAGUACCCUGCGGCAGUUCACGUGCAGACACUGGGAUAUGAAUACCAUCGGUCAACAUAUCUUUUGCUCCUUGUGCCUCUGGCUGUCGUGGUGAUUAUCACCUGCACUGCUGCGGUCUACACACCUGCGUCAAAGCCGCAAGGGCCUGGUCGUGUAUCUAUCAUCAAGGACGAGAGGAUAGAAGAAAAGAUGGACAGCCCUGGCAAUCUUGCGCCGCACAAUAGCAUCGCAGACUCAGAAGACUUUAACCCCACAAACAUCAUCCACCUUAUGAUGCUUGGGUCAAGGUCUCAUCUGGAAAAUGAAGCAGGGGAGAAUGAACUCCUUCGGUUUCAUCUAGAUUAGUUGAGUUGUACAUUCAGGAACCGGGCAGAUACGUGCAACGGUGACUUUCUACACUCGACGAUGUUUUUUUUUUUUUUUUGAUCCCAGCCUUCUUUCUACGUAUCGACGUGUACUGUUAUGAUUUUGUCUUUUGACUUUGUAGGGCCCGCGAGUCACGAAUCAUUUGUUUACUAUGUAACCUGCUAUGCACUCUAA